CCAUCCGGGGGCCUAAUUGAAGCCAUAUUGGGGAACAUCCAGCCCACCUCGUCCACUCUCUACGGGACAGAAGAAUGGCUGAACUGGAGUACAUGUGCGGUUUUGGGAAUGAAUUCUCCUCGGAAGACCCCCGCUGCCCCGGUUCUCUCCCGAAAGGACAGAAUAAUCCUCAGGUGUGCCCGUACGGACUCUACGCCGAGCAGCUCUCUGGCUCCGCCUUCACCUGCCCGCGGCCAGCCAAUAAGAGAAGCUGGUUGUAUCGCAUCCUGCCGUCUGUCAAGCAUAAACCUUUUAGCGCUGCGCCUUGUGGGGACCUGACCGAGAACUGGACUGAGGUGGAGCCGGACCCCAACCAGCUGCGAUGGCGGCCAUUCUCCAUCCCAAAGUCUACGGAGAAGAAAGUGGACUUUGUGGCGGGUCUGCACACGCUCUGCGGAGCCGGGGAUGCGAAAUCCCGCAACGGCAUCGCCAUCCACGUGUACGCCUGCAAUACGCCCAUGCGUAACAGAUGCUUCAACAACUCCGAUGGAGACUUUUUGAUUGUCCCCCAGCAGGGGGAGCUCCUGGUCACCACAGAGUUCGGGAAGAUGAUGGUGGAGCCCAAUGAGAUAUGCGUCCUUCAGCAAGGGAUGCGCUUCAGCGUGGACGUCUUCGGAGAAACCAGGGGUUACAUCCUGGAGGUGUACGGAGCACAUUUUGAGCUGCCUGACCUGGGACCCAUAGGAGCCAACGGUUUGGCCAACCCGAGAGACUUCCUGUGUCCCGUGGCGUGGUACGAGGACCGCGAGGUGUCCACCGGUUACACCGUCAUCAACAAGUACCAAGGAAAGCUCUUCGCUUGCCAACAGGAUUUCUCCCCCUUCAAUGUGGUGGCCUGGCACGGCAACUACACGCCGUACAAAUACAACCUCAACAACUUCAUGGUCAUCAACUGUGUGGCCUUUGACCACGCCGAUCCGUCCAUCUUUACCGUGUUGACAGCCAAAUCAACAAGACCGGGCGUGGCCAUCGCUGACUUUGUCAUCUUCCCCCCGCGCUGGGGCGUGGCUGACCACACCUUCCGACCACCAUAUUAUCACCGCAACUGCAUGAGUGAAUUCAUGGGCCUCAUCAAGGGCCACUAUGAAGCCAAAGAGGAGGGUUUCCAGCCAGGAGGGGGCAGUCUCCACAGCAUGAUGACCCCACACGGCCCUGACGCUGACUGCUUUGAGAAGAACAGCGCCGCUCAGCUCCAACCUGAGAGGGUGGCUGAAGGAACGAUGGCCUUCAUGUUCGAGUCCUCCUUCAGCAUGGCUGUGACCAAGUGGGGGCUGGAGACGUGCCAGAAGCUGGACAAGAGCUACUACCAGUGCUGGGAGAAUCUAUGCAGCCACUUCAAUCCCAACUGGAGGCCCAGCAAAGACUAGAGGAAGAACUUGGAAGAACGCUAACGUCUUCUUAGAAGGACACAUGACUGUAUGCAGCCAGUCAAUUUGUGACAGCAUAGGUUUAUUGUGUUAAUAAUUAUACGCACUGACAGGAGAGAACACACGCAGGAGGUCUUGGAGCUCACGACGUCAAGCUGAACUUGCGUUCCAGAGUCCCGUCUUGAAUACGCUGCUCUUUUCUGUCCUGUAAACAAACAAACCGGUGAUGAUUGUACCUGUAUGACAGUUGACUGUUAGACAAUAAACCAAAUAUACUUGU